CAAGACAAGAGCGGGACGGAAAGAGAUAAAGAAGAAAGUGGGAGUGGGGGAAUGUGGGAGGGAUCUAAGUGGGUCUUCACGGAACUGGGGUACCCCACUCAGCCUGUCGAGUUACCUCGCCCAUUCACUUGGACUACCGCUAACUACUUAAAUGUUGCUUCCUUGCAUUAUUUCCUCAUUCCUUGCUGCCAUUAAUCUCCAGAAACCCAUUUGUCUUGAAGAUGCUCAGUAGAUAGGUUGAACAGUCAAGGUCUUUGCCCUAGGCUAGGGGAUUCCAAGCCCAGAGGGUGUGUAUUCAAGUAUUUUAAUCUGCAUUUGGUCCUGCUAAUUAAAUGUGAACAAAGAAAUGUUCAGUGUUGACUACGCUAAAUCACCUGAUGGCUCGCCUGCUAAAUUUUAUUUGUGAAGUACUAGAAUACUUUGGGAUAUCAUCUGACUUGGUUUUCCACCAAUGGCAAAGUAAACCAUAUGGACAGACUCGUAGUAUUGUUCGAAGGAUAGGAUCAUUACUUCCUUUGAAUCAUUGGCCUCGGGUCUGUUUUCAGCUCUUGGAAAAAUUAAAAGCCCCUGACUCAUGUAACUAUAGCUUUAAACCUAUGGUUCCAUCUCUGGCUGAUGUAUCAUGGAUUGCUGAUGAUGAAGGUGAAAUUUUCACUCGAUUUAGGAAUGAAGUUCGCCCUUCCAAAGCUGAGCAGGUAAUUGGCCUGAGGCAAGAACAUCGCGCACCAAUGAUGACAUUAAGUUAUCCAAAAAAUGGGAAUAAUACAUCAAAUGAAAAUGCCUUGAAUAAAAUAUCUCAACUGGAAGAUGAGUUGUCUCGUCUGAGGUCUCAAAUUGCUAUGCUUAUUACAAUGCAGGAUGAAAGAUUGGGUACUCCCUGUACUCCUGUUCUUGCCAUUCCUCCUCCAAAGUUAACAUCUACACCAUUUGGCGCUUUGAGUGAUCCAACGGGGAAUGCCCUUCCUCCUCCUCCUCCUCCUCUUCCUCCUCCACCUCCACCUCCACCUCCACGUCCGCCAAUGUCAGCUGCAGAGAACAGUGCUGCAUCGGCUAGCAAUCUUGUUGGAGAAUCCCAAGCUAUGAAAAGCAACCCUAGUCAUGUAACCAUCAAACCAAAGCUCACUGAAAACCUAUCAAAUCCCUUCAACAUGAUGGAUGUCUUGAAGGACCUGCGGAGCGUCAAAUUAAAAGGAGUAGCAAGGUCACCUGGAGGAACACCCAUGGGGAAGAAACCAGCAAUAAAGGCACCUGUCUCUGAUCCAGCAGCGCUCAUUGCCAAUGCUUUAAAACGCAAGUUUUCUCACAGAUACAUGAAUGAUUCUUCUGAUUAUGAAAAUGAACCAUUUGAAUUUUCUCCACUGUCAAGUCCAGAAACUUCAAGGUUUGGACAACAUGACCUGAAGCCCAAGAAACCAAAUAUCGUGAGGAUUGAUAAAAUAUUGUAACCAUAAGAAGUAAAUAUUGACGACUCUUCAUAGCUGUUACGUACACUGGAAAAGAACUGAUACCAUGGUGCAACUGUAAUGGACAUAACAGCAGAUACUUGUUUACAGUAAUUCCUGUUUGUAAAUUGUCUGCCCAGAUUAAAACACUUUUCUAAAGGAACGUUAAGUCAAUACAUUGUACAUUUUAGAUUGGAGUUUUAAAAAAGGAUUUAUAUUUCUGUCAAAAUAGCAAAUUGCUAAUAUGCAAAAGUAACAGUCCUGCUAAGUUUGAGCAAUUAUUUUGGUGCACUGAAGGUUAUGUUUAAUCAAUGCAUUUCUCUCUGCCUGGGAUUGUUUGUAAAUUCUGAAACUAUUGAAGAUUAAAUCUUCAGUCCUUUUUUGUAAUGAAACAAGAUUUAUUUAAAAUAGACUGGAGAAAUUCAGUGAACAGAGUACUGAAGAAAAGCCUUAACAAAUUCAAUAUAUCUGAAGAGAGGAACAAAGUUGCUGUUGGAACUCCUGAGUUUCAUUUUAAUUUUAUUUUGGAUCCGGUAAUAGAUGAGUGAAGCUGUAUCAGAAUUAUGACAGUUGAGCCAAGUAAGUGAUGUUAAAAUGUACUUUGCAGUACUGAAAUUACAGAUUCCAUUAAUUUGCUGAUGUUAAAGCUAACAACAUUAAA